GCUGACCGUUUGCUAGCUUGAGAAAAAGAAGCUUGAGUACGAAUAUCUGAAAGAACAGCGACGUCGCUUCGAGGCUGAGAUGGAGCUCAUUGACUUACAGUCUCGCCGUGGCGAAGAGGAAAUCCAGCGCCUCUCUACCGAAGUGCGAUACGGCAAGCCUGCGCAUAGCCAGCCUACCACCCCUCCCGAGUACAACGAAGGAAACGGCUUUCCUACUGCCUUUUCGCGUCCAAACCGCUUCAGCAUGUCUAGCAUCAACCCUGGCAUGACCACCACGCCUCGCGGUAGCCGCGCCAACUCCCAGGUCACCUCUCCUCCAGGUGCUUUCUAUGGUGGCAACGGCAACGGCAAUGGCAAUGGCAAUGGCAACGGUAAUCUUCCCUCGCAGUCUAUGCCAGGUACGCGCCGCAACUCGGAUGAGGAACACGACGACUUCGACAACGAUGACUUUACCCCUCUGAGUCCAGUCACUCGCAAGAACAACCGCCUAUCUAUGCCCGUCACCAACCUUGAUCUCCGUGGUCGUGGAGAUCUUCCAGAUUUGGCCUCAGUUCUCGGUCAUAUCGACACGGCCGGGUACCUCUUCGGCGAGGACGACAAGGAGCAUAAUCCAGCUGCUUCUCCGGACCACAAGGCCUAUCUCCAAAUGAGCAACACGAAGGACGAGUUCCCCAUCUUGGUCCGCCGUGAUGGCGCUGGUAAUGGUACGAAACUCUCUGCCUCUUCCGCUGCGCUUGAUUUGGCCCAUUCCCAAUCCCCUGGCCUGGAACCCCAACCCAAUGGAGCUCAAUCCAGUGGAUGGCACGGAUAUCGUCAUCGCCAAGCACAGCAGUCACUCCCCGCUAACACGUUUCGUAAAGCGUCCCAGGUUGAUGAGUACGAGAGCGGUCAGGCGAACGGCGGCAACGGCAACAACGUUGAGACCACCCCCACCAAGAACCAGGCCAACAAUCGCCGCUCAGUCGAGUUCAACUUCAGUCCCAUGAACGCUGAACCCAAGCGCUCCAGCUUCGCCAGCCCGAACGGCAUGCCCAAGCUGACCCAGUCUUACUCUGCGAGCGAGGUUCCAACUCUAAAGACCGGUACCGGAGUGAACACGAACGGACUUGGCUUCAACUCUCACGCCGAGCAGCACUUCCACCACCACAAUGCUAGUCUGGGACGCAUCCCACCCAAUGCUCUAUCUAAUCGCCACAGCCGUGAGCUUUCAAGUGGGUUCAAGGAUCAGGAGUAUCGCCCUGCGCAAUCCGGCCUGCACGCGAGUGCUGCUCCCUUUGGCCCCGCCAUCACUUCCGCCGCUCCUAUGAAUGGCGUCGCUGGAACAGUCGGUUCUCCAACCAUGUCGCAGUACUCAAGUACUUCAGCGGCUUCGAACGGGCAAUACUACGGCGGAUACGGCAUGUCGAUGCUCAAUGGUGCCAUGAACGGUCUUUCCAUGGGGCCAGGCCCUCAAGUCGGCGGUCCUCCUGCCUAUGCUCCCAACGGCAUGUAUGGUAAUGUGUCGUACUACAAUCCUUACGCCACAUAUGGGCCAGGUGGUCGCGUUCAAGACAGCCAGGCGCGUGUCAUCCAGAGCCGCCGCCUGCAGAAUGACGCCAACCGCUUCAUGAACUACGACUUGAAGACCAUGCCGCGCCAUGAGAUCUACAGCCUUUGCAAAGACCAACAUGGCUGCCGUUUCCUGCAGAAGAAGCUUGAGGAGCGCAGCCCUGAGCAUAUCCAGAUCAUCUUUGACGAGACCGCAUCCCACGUUGUUGAGUUGAUGACCGAUCCUUUUGGCAACUACCUCUGCCAGAAGCUGUUGGAGUACUGCAACGAUGAACAGCGCAAUGCGCUUGUUCGCAAUGCUGCCCCAGCCAUGGUCUCGAUUGCACUGAACCAGCACGGUACGCGCGCUCUGCAGAAGAUGAUUGAAUUCAUCUCUACGGAUGACCAGACUCAGAUCAUCAUUCAGGCUUUGUCUGGUCAGGUCGUUGACCUCAUACAAGACUUGAACGGCAACCACGUCAUUCAGAAGUGCCUCAACCAUCUCAAGUCUCCGGAAGCCCAGUUCAUCUUCGAUGCUGUGGGCGAGCAUUGCGUUACUGUCGGCACCCAUCGCCAUGGCUGCUGCGUACUUCAGCGAUGCAUCGACCACGCCUCGGGAUUCCAGAAAGUCGAUCUGAUUCGCAAGAUCACAGCUCAUAGCUUCAAUCUCGUGCAGGAUCCAUUUGGCAAUUAUGUCGUUCAGUACAUACUCGAUCUGAAUGAUCCCUCCUUUACGGGACCAAUGUGCCUAGGCUUCCGGGGCAAGAUCACUGAACUUUCCAAACAAAAGUUCAGUUCCAACGUUAUCGAGAAGUGCAUUCGCUGCGCUGACAUGUCGUCCAAGGCUAUGAUGAUCGAAGAGCUUCUUGAUGUUGAGGAGCUUGAAAAGCUCAUGCGCGACUCCUAUGGCAACUACGUUAUUCAGACUGCUCUUGAGUUUGCACCGCCGGAGUUGUGCCUGCAUCUGAUUGAGAGCAUGCGGCCCAUCUUGCCGUCCAUCCGCCAGACCCCAUACGGUCGUCGCAUCAUGAGCAAGGUUCAAGAGCGCGAGGGUCGUCUCGCGGCAUACACCGGUCGCACUAACUCUGGCCAUGGCUCUCCGCACACCUCUCAGUCUUCUGAGUCGGCGCCUGUGUUCGCUGGCCAGACUCCCAUUUCUUCGACCUAUCACCCUUCGUCCUCUUUUCAGUCUCCCAUGUACACCGCUACCGCCAACUAUGGCUCCAACAUCGCUUCACCUCAGCCGCACCGCUUGAGCAACCCGCCACUGCCGAAUCAGCUGCACAACUCUGUACACAACCAGGGCUAUCAGCAAUAUGUCUCUCAGCCCAACGGCAUGGGCAAUUUCUUCUAAGAUAGCCUGAUGACCUUCGACGACGUUAUGAUUUGACGGGCUACGGCAUCGCCUACAGUACUUCAACACCUCAUCAUACGCGAUAUCCUUACCAG